AGUUUUUUUUACAGAGCAGUCACAUUAUUAGGCAAACUUGUGCUAUGUGCAAAUUUUUCUGUCUGUGAUCUUAAUUAACUACAAUCUUAUUUUGCUAUUACCAAAUUUCUCAGAACUAUUGGUAGAGUGUUAAAGUUCUGGAAACUUACCUGCUACUUUGUCAGGUGGUUGGCUUGUCAAUAAAUAAUUAAGAGAAAUAAUAGUAGUGCCCCAGGAUGGAUCGGGCUCUGCUGAAGGAAAGAGAAGCUUUCAAGCGCCGUGCCCUUGCCACUCCCUCUUUCAAGAGUCUAGCAGCAAGCGGUAACUCGUCGCAGUACAAGUUCGGGGUGCUGGCCCGGAUUGUUCGGCACAUGCGCAGCCGUCACCAGGAAGGCGAGACGCACGCCCUCACCCUACAUGAGAUCUUGGAUGAGACAAACCAGCUCAAUGUGGGGCCCAAGAUCAAACAGUGGCUGCUGCACGAGGCGCUGCCGAGUAACCCGAAGGUGCGGGAGUCCGAGGAAGGCUCAGGGGCGUGGGUGUUCAACCCUGCGCUGCCGGUGCGUGACAGGAAGGGCCUCCUGAAGCUGCUGCGCCUCAACGACAUCAAGGGCCUGGGGGGCGUCCUGCUCGACGACAUCCAGGAGAGUGUGCCCAACUACGCCAGGGUCAUGAAGACAGGCAUGCAUGACGACAACAUCGCUGAGUACCUCGACAGACAGGGCAUCAAGAGCAUGCAGGACGUGGCGCGUGUGUUCCGUCCUGCCAGACGUAAGACGAAGGCUCGUCGCACAGCACCCACGCGCAUCACGGAUAACGACCACCUGGCCCACGUGCUGCACGACUACGAGCAGCAGCAGUGACCACGUGCUGCACGACUACGAGCAGCAGCAGUGACCACGUGCUGCACGACUACGAGCAGCAGCAGUGACCACGAGCUACACGACUACGAGCAGCAAUGGCCCAUAUUGUGGCCCCUGAGCCCAAAGUUUUAUGUAAAUAUUUGCCCUAAGAACCCCUCGAGACUCGAUAAGUUCUAAGUAGCGAUAUUAUUGCUAGUGGUGAUGUAAAGCUGUUUAUUUUGUUUACAUCAAGAUUUUUUUUAUUGUUGUUUCGCUGAGAACCACGGACGCCAGCAGGAGCCCUGGUGUAGUUCGUGCUUAGGAAACUUCCCGUGCGA